AUGAGAGCAUCAAGGUGGUGGUUGUUGUUGCUAUCGGCACUCGUGUUGGUGAGCUCAUGCGCGGUGCUGCGCAUAGAGGCGGCGGUGGGGAUUGAGCCGCCGUUGAAGCUGCAGUGGCAUUACUACCGGAACUCAUGCCACAACGCCGAGACGUACGUGACGCACCAGGUCAAGUACUACUGGAAGCAAGACAGGAGCCUCGCUCCUAAGCUCAUACGAAUGCUUUAUGCCGACUGCUUCGUCACGGGGUGUGAUGCGUCGAUUCUAUUGGACGGGCCACAUUCAGAGAAAACAGCACCACAAAAUGCAGGGAUUCUAGGGUUUCCUAUGGUGGUAAUAGACAAGAUCAAGCAAGUCCUGGAAGAACGUUGUCCAGGAGUUGUCUCUUGUGCUGACAUUCUCAACCUUGCCGCUAGAGAUGCUGCUAACUUGGCGGGAGGGCCGUCGUACCCUGUUCUGACGGGGAGGAGGGACGGGAUGUCAUCGUCCGCGGCCACGGUAGACCUCCCGUUGCAUGCCAUCUCGUGGGAAUCGGCGCUCGCUUACUUUGAAUCAAGGGGCUUGAAUAUGCUGGACCUUACCACUUUACUUGGGGGGCAUUCAAUGGGCAAGACCAACUGCAGCUUCAUCACGGACAGACUGUACAAUUUCAACAACACUGGCAAGCCAGAUCCAAGCAUGGAUUCAUCCUUCUUGGCCCAAAUGAGGGACCAAUGCCCACCAAACUCAAAGAACCAAGUGUACCUUGACCCUGACUCAGGCUCGAGCUACAGCUUCAGCAAGUUCUUCUACGCCAGGGUCCUGAAACACGAGGCCGUCCUCGGGAUCGACCAGCAGAUCGCCAGCAACAACGACAGCUCCCAGAUUGCUCAGGAGUAUGAUGCCAGUUUCGAGGACUUCCGGAAGAUGUUCGCCCUGUCAAUGAGCCGGAUGGGGAACAUUAAGGUCUUGACAGGGAAUCAGGGGCAGAUUCGCGAGAAUUGCCGAGUCGUGAACGGGAAAUAA